AUGCCACAGUGGCUAGGGUAUCAUGUCGCACUGGCUGUUUAUAACAUUUUCCUUCACCCCUUACGCAGUUACCCAGGUCCCAUUCUAGAUUCUGCGACUCAGCUCAUAUACUCAUAUCAUAUGGUGAAAGGUGACAGCGCUAAAUACAUAGCAACACUUCACGAACGUUAUGGCGAUGUCGUCCGUGUUGGCCCUAGAGAGUUGUCAUACAUUAGCCCUUCAGCGAACCGAACCAUAUUUGCUGGAAAACAGAAUGAAAACUCUGUAUAUGAAAAGAAUCCUGUCAUAUGGCUUCUAGGGUCCACUGAGCCAGUCACCAAUGUUUUCUUCGCACCGCUCCACGACAAUAUUCGGUACCGCAAGCUUAUUACACCCGCAUUAUCCGAAAAUGCACUUCGCGAGCAAGAGCCGGUUAUUCAAAAUCUCAUUGAUGGGCUAAUCAACGGCCUUCGCAACCGCACCGGGCAAGCUCAAUUUCCAGAUUCUCAAGGGAUUGUCAAUAUAGCUGCAUGGUAUAAUUUUGCCGUUUUCGAUAUCCUAACGCGCCUUUCUUUUGGUGAAGAACAAGGUUGUCUUAAGCGUGGUGAUUAUGACCCUUGGCUCCAGGCACUCUAUGAAGGGCUCCUGAUGUCACACUUUGUGCAAGCUGCGCAUCGACUAAAACCUUAUCACGUUAUAUUGGAGUGGUGUAUCCCUUCAGGCCUAAGCAAAGUUCAUAAUCCAAAGGCAGCCGAAUAUUACCCCAGGAAGCUGAAGGAAUAUCGAGACAAGCAAGGAAAUGUUAAGCCAGUUACCACUCGCCCGGAAUUUGCGUCAUUCUUCCAGGAAGGCUUAUCCAAUGAGGAACUGGAGGAUAACGUUAAUAUUCUUGUCGCUGCGGGAGCUGACAGCACCAUCACCACACUUUCAUCCUUGACUUAUUAUCUCACCCAUAACAGACACUGUUAUGAUAUGCUGAAGAGUGAAAUUAAGAGCACUUUUCAAGCAGAACAUGAGAUUACUCUUGCGGCCACUAGGCGCUUGGACUACCUUGGAGCUGUCAUCAGAGAAACCUUACGCAUACACCCUCCGGUGCCUGUUGGCCUUCACCGUGUGGCCCCAAAAAAUGGGGCGGUAAUUGAUGGGCGACCGGUUCCUGGCGGGACUUGGGUAUCGAUAGCAAACCUAGCUGCCAGUCGUUCGCCUAAAUAUUGGCGUGACCCCGAACGGUUUAUUCCCGAGAGGUGGCUUGGAGAAGAUUCAAAAUUUGCUAGCGAUAACCGCCAGGCCUUUACUCCUUUCUCCAUCGGACAGCGCAGUUGCAUUGGAAUGACGUUCUCGAAUGCUAUUCUGCGUCUUGUAAUAGCCAGGCUGUUCUGGAACUUCGACCUUGAGGCUGAACCUAACAAUAUUGACCCGCACGACACCCCUGAGUACGCGGUCUGGGAGGCCAAGCCCCUUUGGUUGAAGGUUUCCCCCGCCAGUUCUGAGAAAGUGUAG